UUUUUUCAAUCCUCGAUCUGGUCUUGUUUAUAUGAUCUUUCACACAGUUUGUUCGCCAUCGUUUCCUUUUUACUUUUUCUUCUUCGUCGACUCCAAUCUACAACACCACCAAGAGGAGGUCUCGAAGAGUGAGAAAUGAGCGGUCACGAUUCAAAGUACUUCUCAACGACGAAGAAGGGAGAAAUCCCUGAACUCAAGGAAGAGCUCAAUUCUCAGUACAAGGAUAAAAGAAAAGAUGCCGUAAAGAAGGUUAUUGCCGCAAUGACGGUUGGGAAGGAUGUGUCAUCACUGUUCACAGAUGUGGUGAAUUGCAUGCAAACAGAGAAUUUGGAGCUGAAAAAGCUUGUUUAUUUGUAUCUCAUAAAUUAUGCUAAAAGUCAGCCCGACCUUGCUAUUCUUGCAGUAAAUACAUUUGUAAAGGAUUCACAGGAUCCAAAUCCUCUAAUUCGUGCUUUGGCUGUUCGGACUAUGGGAUGCAUCCGUGUUGAUAAGAUCACAGAAUAUCUUUGUGAUCCUCUUCAGAGGUGCCUAAAGGAUGAUGAUCCAUAUGUUCGCAAGACAGCUGCCAUAUGUGUUGCUAAACUUUAUGAUAUAAAUGCUGAGUUGGUUGAGGAUAGGGGUUUUCUGGACUCUCUCAAGGAUUUGAUAUCUGACAAUAACCCAAUGGUUGUGGCUAAUGCUGUGGCAGCUCUUGCUGAGAUACAAGAGAAUAGUAGUGGACCAAUAUUUGAAAUCACUACUCCCACACUUACAAAGCUUCUUACUGCUCUUAAUGAAUGCACAGAGUGGGGUCAAGUUUUUAUACUUGACGCUCUCUCCAGAUACAAGGCAUCUGAUGCACGUGAAGCAGAAAAUAUUGUGGAAAGAGUUACGCCACGGCUUCAACAUGCUAAUUGCGCUGUUGUACUUUCAGCUGUUAAGAUGAUUCUUCAACAAAUGGAACUUAUCACUAGCACUGAUGUUGUUAGAAAUCUUUGCAAAAAGAUGGCUCCUCCUCUUGUGACCUUACUCUCUGCUGAACCCGAGAUACAAUAUGUUGCAUUGCGGAAUAUCAACCUCAUAGUACAAAGACGGCCUACGAUUCUUGCCCAUGAAAUCAAGGUAUUCUUCUGCAAGUACAAUGAUCCAAUUUAUGUGAAGAUGGAGAAGUUAGAAAUCAUGAUAAAGCUUGCUUCCGACCGAAAUAUAGACCAGGUUUUAUUGGAGUUCAAAGAAUAUGCAACAGAAGUAGAUGUAGAUUUUGUCAGAAAGGCUGUUCGUGCCAUCGGUCGUUGUGCUAUCAAGUUAGAGAGAGCAGCUGAACGGUGCAUCAGUGUUUUGCUUGAGUUGAUCAAGAUUAAAGUGAACUAUGUUGUUCAAGAGGCUAUUAUAGUUAUCAAAGAUAUCUUUAGAAGAUAUCCUAACACAUAUGAAUCUAUUAUUGCAACCCUCUGUGAGAGCUUGGACACUUUGGAUGAGCCAGAAGCUAAGGCUUCAAUGAUAUGGAUAAUUGGAGAAUAUGCUGAAAGAAUUGACAAUGCUGACGAGCUCCUUGAAAGCUUCUUGGAGAGUUUCCCUGAAGAACCUCCCCAAGUUCAACUGCAGCUGCUAACUGCAACAGUCAAACUUUUUCUGAAGAAGCCUACAGAAGGCCCACAGCAGAUGAUUCAGGUUGUAUUGAAUAAUGCUACUGUGGAAACUGACAAUCCUGAUUUACGGGACCGUGCCUACAUUUAUUGGCGCCUUCUAUCAACUGAUCCUGAGGCAGCUAAGGAUGUUGUGUUAGCUGAGAAACCUGUGAUCAGUGAUGAUUCAAACCAACUGGAUUCGACCCUUCUUGAUGAGCUUCUUGCCAAUAUCGCUACACUUUCUUCUGUCUAUCACAAACCUCCUGAUGCUUUUGUAACUCGUGCAAAGACUGCAACACAGAAAACUGAAGACGAUGACUACCCUGAUGGAAAUGAAACUAGGUAUUCUGAAACACUUUCCAAUGCUGCUAAUGGUGGUGCAUCACCACCCAGUUCUAGUAGUGUCCCACAUGCUGCAGCUAGGCAGCCAGCUCCUGCCCCAGCUGCUCCUGCACCUGCUGCAGUGCCUGACCUCUUAAGUGAUCUGAUUGGCCUUGAUAACAAUCAAAUUGUCCCCGCUGAUCAGCCUGCCACAUCUUCUGGCCCCCCUUUGCCUAUUUUAUUACCAGCAGGAAGUGGACAGGGUUUGCAAAUCAGUGCACAAUUAGUUCGACAGGAUGGUCAAAUAUUUUACAGUUUACUGUUUGAGAAUAACACACAGAUCACACUCGAUGGAUUUAUGAUUCAGUUUAACAAGAAUUCAUUCGGUCUGGCAGCUGCUGGACCUCUUCAGGUUCCCCCAUUGGCACCUGGAGCAUCAGCAAGAACAUUGCUGCCCAUGGUAUUGUUCCAGAAUACGUCUACUGGUCCUCCAAACACUCUUCUGCAGGUUGCUGUUAAAAAUAGUCAGCAACCAGUCUGGUACUUCAAUGACAAAAUCUUGUUGCACGUGUUCUUUACCGAGGAUGGGAGAAUGGAGCGAACUAGUUUUCUUGAGACAUGGAGGUCACUACCCGAUUCAAAUGAGGUCUUGAAAGAAUUCCCAGGCAUCAUGGUGACCACUGCUGAAGCAACCCUUGAUCGACUAGCUGCAUCAAACAUGUUCUUUAUAGCGAAGCGCAAACAUGCCAAUCAAGAUGUAUUCUACUUCUCAGCCAAGAUCCCUCGAGGUAUACCUUUCUUGAUUGAACUUACAACAAUAAUUGGAAACCCGGGUGUGAAGUGUGCGAUCAAGACCCCAAAUCCAGAGAUGGCGCCACUGUUUUUCGAAGCUAUUGAAACACUCCUGAAGGCAUGAUGAUUCUUUUACCCUUUGUUAUUUUUGAACUCGGUUAUAAAAAUGUUAAAAUGCAUGUAAAAUUCAUCUUCGAGCAACCCAGUUUUUGGAUUCACAUUCUUGCUAAUCUCCCCAUCUGCCCCCUUUUAAAUAAUCCCUGCAUGUUUGCUUUCUGUAUUACUUUUAACUUUCAGUUUACUUUUUUCUUCUAUUGUUGCAAGUGUUUUCCAUUUUUGUGUUGAAUACUAUUUGUACAAUUAACUUUUCCAUAUUUUUCAGAGAGAAAAAAAAACUGAACAUAUGUAUUUUUACGCUGUUAA